AGUCACAUCGCUCGCUUCUCUCGGUAAGAAACUAUUCGGAAGCAAUUUUUGGUGAUACGAAAAUACACAGAGUGAGAGAAAGAGAGACAAAUACGAAAGAAAAACAACCAGGAAAGGAAUUAUGAGCAAAUAAGUAUAUCAAAUAAUCAAGCAGCAAGUGAUUUCAGUGCGUGUGUGUGCAUUUUUAUUUGAAUUCAAUCAUGAUUUGGUGCAUUUUAUUGACUUGUACCUUUGGUUUGGGAUUUGUAAGUGGUGAUCCAAUUGUUCGCAAUACAACGGUUGCUGCAACAAAUAUCGAAUCUACAAUUGGUACGCCAGCACUUCUCGUCGAUCCAACAUUGACCUCCAGUCAAAACACCACAGAUGGACAAUAUGAAACAAUUUUGAAGAUAACACCAUUCUCAAAUUCAACGGCCGAACCGGACGAAACAACAACUUACUUGGCGAUUACGGAUCUAGAUAUCGAUUUGACUGAGCUCAUUGAAAAAGCCCAACAAAAUACAACAAUUGCACCAGGUAAUAAUGAGCAAUACGAUGAGCACAAUAUGUCAGCACAAUCACGACAAGCACUCCUCUUUAAACAACUUGGUCUGCCAGCUAAUCCGUUUGCAUCUUUAGCGUCUGCCCUUAGACGACCGUGUGAGUGUCACAAGGGCGUGUGUGGAUGUUGUACGGGCAUGCUUUUUUCGGCACUGCGUCAACUUGGAUGCAUGAACAUCACCUAUCAUCCCGAUGACUUUUCGUUCGAAUUCAAAAUGAUCAUGAACAAUGCCGUUUUAUAUAAAAACCGGGUCACCGGCCGUAACCCGCCACCAGUGUGUGUUCGAAUGCCACGAUUUUCAUUUGUCAAAGUGUGUGCCAAUUUCUAUGAUCUCCACUUUAUCGGCCGAAAUAUGCACGUGUGCAUGGAAAUGUCUGCUUUCUUCCAAGAUUCGGAAAUUUUCAAUCGCUCAUUCGAUUGCAUGCGAAUCGGAGACAAAGGUGUGAAAAUUGUUCGGCCGGAAGAUGCGGGCUUUUUGCAAAAGCCAGGAACCGAUGCCGAAAUCGAUACGGGCUAUGACGAUGUUGAAGAUUAUGAUGAAAACGCCGUUGUUCGACGAAGAAAAAAUAUCAGGCUUUAAUUAUUACACCCACUCACCACCGCAUAUUUGUUAUGCAUAAUAACAGACUCGCAAAAAGAAAUUAUUUAUUCGCUAUAAAUUGUUAUAUAUUUUUUGUGUCUCAUAUUUAUUUAAAAUAAAAAUAAAUUUGUAAGGAAAGAAAGUG